AAAUGGGAAAAAGAACAAGAAGAAUAUGAGGAAUUAACAAAAGAAUCAGAAACCAUAGAAAUAGAAGCAGGAAAAAAUCCUAUGCUAGAGAAACAAAAAAGAAUAUGGAAACAAUGGCUAAAAAAACAAAGAAUGUGGUUUAUAGAACAUAGCGAGGACAAAUGGUUUAAUGAUUUACUAGCCGAAUAUGAAAAAGAAGAAUGUAAGGAAAGAAUAACUAAAAUAAAUACGAGAAAAGUGAAGGAAAUUCGUGAAAACAUGGAGGAGUUAGAACAAGACGGAAACAAUGAAAUGAAGAAAUCUAGAAAAAAGAAAAAGUUAAUACAAAAUGUGUUGAUAGAAAUACAUAUGAUGGUAUUAGAUGAAUGUAAAAAAGUGGAAUGGGAAAGAGAAAAGAAUGAAUUUUUUAAAACAAUUAUGAAUGAGGUAAGAAUACAAGAAAAUUUUGAUGAAGAAGCAAAUAUAUUAGAAAAAAUAGAGGAAGAAGAAAGUUGA